CGAAUUCCUGUAAAUGGUGAGGCUGAGAGUAUAUAAGGGGCCCGGACGGAGCCCUGGGUCACACCUCGACUAGCUCCUUUGCUUUUCACUCGCCUUAGACAAGCGCAAGCUUAUUCAGAUCGGAAGAAUGGCCGUCGCUUCACUCCUCGCCGCAGCUGAUGUUGAUGCUGCUCUCGCCGCCUGCCAGGCUGCCGACUCCUUCGACUACAAGGCUUUCUUCGCCAAGGUCGGUCUGUCAGCCAAAUCCGCCGAUGAGGUGAAAAAGGCCUUCGCCAUCAUUGACCAGGACAACAGCGGCUUCAUUGAGGAGGAGGAGCUGAAGCUUUUCCUGCAGAACUUCAAGGCCAACGCCAGAGUUCUGACCGACAAAGAGACCAAAGCUUUCCUCUCCGCUGGAGACAGCGAUGGUGACGGCAAGAUCGGAGCUGAAGAGUUUGCUGCUCUUGUAAAGGCUUAAAUUUUCAUCCGACCAAGACCCUUCAAAUAUCAAGGAACCAGCACUCACGACAGCUCACACCUUUCUCAGCUGAACUCUUUUUUUAUAUGAUCUUACCUAUGACUGACUUUGGACAGUUUGCUCAGUGUGUCGUCUGGACAUUGGUAUUGUUUGUGUUCGGUGGAUGUUUUAUUUCAAGCCCACUGGCAUGUGCAGAUGUAACAUUCUUGAAUGCACUUCUGGGGAAGAGUGAAAAACAAGGAAUAAAUAUAGUUUUGGUGUAA